GUUCGUGUCAUCCACGAUGACGCGCAUAUUUCUCAAAUCUAACCUUUAAUAACAUGACGUUACGAGUUAAGGCAAGCGUCUUCGUGAAUGACACGAUCUUUAACGGGGUUUGGUUCACUGACUUCAGUUUGAGCUUCAGAUUGUUGUUGCAGAAUGGACAAACCAAAACGCAAGUUCACGCCGUUCCGCGCCAUAAUGGCUUGCGGCCGGGAAUUCUGUCAGCAGACCUCUAUGCAUGGAUUUAUCCACAUUGCUGCUCCUAACCGGUGGUGGGGGGAGAGACUGCUGUGGGCGUUCGCAACGGCUGCAGCCAUCUGGGGAGCCGUGGAGAUAUCUCUGGGGCAGUGGCAGAGGUACAACGAGAACCCCACAGUGGUGGCGCUGGAGAAGGACUUCAGAUCCUGGCAGUUCUGUAUGCCUGGUCUUACACUCUGUGCUGAGAACAAAGUAGACGAAAAUAAACUACCCUCAGUAAUCAAGAAAUACUGGAACGUGGACCCCCAAGACCCGAAGUACGCCCGCUACGAGCAUUUCGUGCGUGACGUGGCGAACUCCAGCAUGCUUCAUCUGACUGAUCUUCUGCAGCACGAGGGCGAGGACUUGGAGGUGGAUCUGUACCAACUUGCUGUUGACGUUCUUCCGGAGUACAACAUUAAACCUACCUGGUCAAUAGCAAAUCUUCAGGUUCCCUGGUUCACCGUCAUGACCGAGGUCGGCGCCUGCUACGCCACCAACUCCCUGGCCAUCCCUGAUGAUGCUAUCGAGUCAUUCGGGAAACCAGACGUGAACCAGACCAGCCUGUUCCCCCUGACGUGCAAGUACUCUUCACUCAACUGCUACAUCACGAUUGAGGUGCCGGUGCCUAUUUUGUUCUACGUCCACUCUCCCUACGACAUCCUGAAUGUGAAGGCCGCUCCGUUCGAAGGUCGGCCCCGCCAGGAGAGGUCCACAGAAUUCAGUGUUAUUGAGAGCGGCUGCGGGCGUGGUGUGAGGGAAUUGAACCCUAGAAGACGCCGCUGCUUGUAUACCGACGAGCCACAAGCCAGAGGCCGACAGGUGUAUAGCACUAACAGCUGCCGGCGUUCGUGCCGAAACCAAGAGGCCCUGCGUGACUGCAAGUGUAAACCCUUCUACAACCACUACGAAGAUGGCGUUGCGUGCUCGCUCCGCGGCAUGCGUUGCCUCGCGGAGCGCUCGGCGCGCGAAGCGCAGCGCACUACCUCCGAGGCUGCUCGCGUUAAGGCCGCGAAACAUGCGGCGCGCUCACAACCUAUUGUCACUAAAGGUGACACAGAAGUAGCACCGCCAGCGAACGCUGUGGACAGCUGCAAAUGUCCUCUGAUGUGUGUGGAUGCGCUGUUCGAGAUGCUCUCCUCAGUUUCGAAGAAACUAGAUGGACCCUUCAGCAUCAAUGGAGUCACUCGCGUCAAGGUUCAGGCUCCUCGUACCCGCUACACCAGAGAAAUUGUCUUCUACUUCCAGGAUCUUAUUGUUUCGUUCGGUGGUGCCACGGGUCUGUUCCUAGGAGCCAGCUUCAUCAGUUUUGUUGAGAUCGUGUUUUUCGCGGCAGAAUGGCUCAUUGGGCCUGCCCGCCGUGACCACAAGGAACUGCCGGUGAAGAAGACCAAAGUAUCCCACGAGCAAGCCAGGAUCCAGCAUCUUAACGCCAUUUUGGAGAAUCAAAGCCUUUCUGCAGCACCAAGCUACUGGCAUUCGCAUCUUCAUAUUUGAACUAGACAAAAUGCUGGUCUCCACCAAUGAAGAGCUGCUAGAUACCCGGAGCUAGUAAUAAAGAUAGUACCUAUAGCUAAUGGAGAGGGGUUCCUUUGCCCUCAACAUUGUACAGUCAGCAUCAAAAGUAGCGGAUGAAAAAACGCGCCAAAAGUAUCUGAUAUUCCGGUUAACUAUUCCAAAUAUAGAUAAAUUUCUAAAAUUCGCGCUCAAAAGUAUAUCUUUUACAGUCUUAGUUGUUCUAUAUUAAAGACAUCACUUUUUGUUAAGCCGUUACAGAAUGGUAGAUACUUAUGAAACGUUAUUUGAUCCGCUACUUUUGAUGCUGACUGUACCUAUAUACAUAUGUAUUUGGAGCUUACUAAAAUAGGUAGGUAUACCUAUUUUUAGUUCAUAGUUCGUUAACAAUUUUACAACAGAUUUAUAAACACAAGAAAUAAUUCCCGCACCCAAGACCCCGGGGUAUUUUUACAAGAAUUUACGAACAAGUGUUAAUUAAGCCCGAAGCCGAAGGUCAGGGCUUAAUCAACACGAGGUCGUAAUUCUUGUACCGCUCGUGGCACACACAAAUCUGAUUUGAAGUUAGGUCUGAAUUUGAAAUUAAAAAA